GUAGACGUUUUAGUGGAAUUUGGGCGCGAUCUGGUAUUCUCACUCUGGAAGUGGACACUAGAGCCGAAGGGUUCUAAUCGAGGAAGGCGUUCUUAUUGGUGCACAUCCAUAGUGGUCUAGGUGCCAUUAUUUGCCGAAAGUUUCAAGCGCGCUCGGAAGCGGUUAUAAUUCGCAAGUGAUAUUUUGCAGUAUUGUGGUAAAAUAUUUUUAAUCUUGUGGGAAAGUUUUCCGUGAGCCAUUUUGAAAGUGCCUCUCAACCUGUAACUGAUUCGAGUGGAAGUAAGUGCCCUUUCGUGGCUUGGGAGUCAAGUCGAGCGUCACAAAGGAAACGAGAUGAAGUGGCAAAGAUAACCGAAUCUGCCGAAUGUGUUGUGCUUGGAGAGAAAGGCAACAAAGUAGCAAGUACCCAACUGUGUCCCAGCAUUAAAGGUGAUUAAUCAUUACAAAUUGAAGCAAAGUAACAAGUUUGGUGUGUGAAAAAUUGGUCCUCCAAGUAACCGACAAUAGUGACACCGGCGGAAAGGAGUUUUAUUCAAAACAUGACUGAUUAAGUCUGUUGGUGGUAAAAGUGAGGUGAGGUGAAAACUGGAGUGGCACACGGCCUACCGAAUUGGAAAGAUUGGCAAAAACCGAAAACAGGCCUUGGGAAGAAAGUUGCAAUCUAUCUGGUGAGCUGUGAUAUAUUUAACUCGAGACGGGAGACUUUUCACACCGAAGCCGUCUCUGGUGGCGUACGUGAAGACGAUAGAGUGAGGUGUUAAUUCGCAACUUCCUGAUUUCCAGCCAGACGGACGGACGCAUUUGAACGGAUAACAGGAUGAAGCUGUUCAUUGUGUUGAUUGCCGUGUUGGCAUUACACCACUGCGUGGAAGCGAAAAACGAAACCUCCGCGACAACUGAGACCGCUGCAAAGAAGGAGGAGUCUAAGGAGAAGAUCGUCGAUGAAGGAAGGGGCAAGCGAAAUUUGGAAUUGGGAAACUACGGUUACAACUAUUACCAGACAGUUCCGUUCCGAGCGGAUCGUCGAAUUUCCAAUGCCUAUCAAGACCCCGGUCCCUACUAUCAAACCAGUAACUAUAUUCACCAUCCGCAGUCGCUUGUUGGUCCUCCUCCAGGCCACCACUAUCACGGAUUUGAGAGUGAUCUUUCCAAUACCGUGGGCAAUUUCCAACCAGGACCGGCACCGCAACAUCAUCACCAACCAGUGUACGUUGAUGCUCCGGAACCGAUUAUCGAAAUCAUUAUAAAGGAAAGCAACGAAUCGGUUCCCUAUGAACACCAACUAGCAAGUCCUACUCCGAAGAAAAAGGAAGAAGUGCAAGUAUUUUACGUGAAAUAUCACAAGGAUGAUAAACAUGGAAUUGUGCUAGAUACUCCAGUGCCGGCUCUGAAACCAUUACCUGAUGAGAGCGAGGAAGAAGAGGAUCAUAGCUCUUUGCACGAAGAACCGAUUGUGGUUACUCCAAGUCCACCACAAAAGACCACAACAUUGCGAGCCAUUAUUAAUCCUGACUCUGAGCAGUAUCACAGUAACAGUGGAAUUCGGAUAUCUUUUGGUGUUGAGGACAAGCAUCAGACCGGUCAUCAGCUAUCCGAAACGGAAAGUGAAAGUGUGGCACAACCAGUCAUAGCUCUCCCACAAGGACAACAGUCAUCUCAGGCUCAGUCACAGUCGCAGGCUCAGCAUCAUUCUGCCCCUCCACCGCCGCCUCAACCAGAACAGCAUAAUAAUCAGUAUCAUCAAUCUAGUCAACAUAAAGCGGAUCAAUUCUACCAACAGCAUCAGCAGUUCAUUCAGCAGCGAUCCUUCCCAACAUCAGCUCCAUUUGCUUCUCCACCCCAAUACCAACAGCAGCCGCCUCAACCCCAACAAAAUUUUGUUCAAAACUUUGGUCCAUCUACUGCAUCACCUCAAUACCGCCCCCAACCCCAAUAUCAGUUCCAGCAGUUCCAAGGUCCACCACACCGUUUCCAACAGUUUGACCAAGGACGCAACUAUAUUCAACCACCGCAACAAUAUCGAACGGCACAUCAACAGAGUCAACAGUUUAUCCAUCAACCUACUCGGCCACAAGUUCACUUCUCGGCUCCUCCGCCUCCGCCACCCCCACCUCCUCAACCACAACAUCACCCACAGCAUCAGUCUCAACAUGAGCCACAGCAUCAACCUCAACAUCAACAUCAACCUCAACAUCAGUCUCAACAUCAGUCUCAACACCAGCCUCAACAUCAGUCCCAACAUCAAUCACAACAGCAGCAGCAAUUUUUCCCACCGCCCCAACAAAUCAGGCAACCUCAACCAGAAUUCCAGCAGCAUACUCAACCGAAACCGAUCCCAAUUCCACUGCACAACAUCAACAACCAACCACCGCUGAGGCAACAGUACACACAAGCUCCUCAAUCCAACCAGUUCAAUCAACCCUUCAACAGCUUCUAUAAACACCAACAAAGCCAUUUGGUUCCUAGGCCUUCAAAUCAACCAAUUUCGACCCCUACUCAGCUACAGACGCUACCUCCAUAUCAACCCCAGCAACAGCAACAGCCAUCACGCUUCCCUGAAAAUAAACGUCCUCACGCCAGCCGUGGCAACUUUGUCGAAAUCCCACGACCAGUUCAGGGAGGUCUAGUUCAGCAGGCCGCACCCAAUCUUGGAACAACGCGUAUUCCGGAACAUCCGACUACCUCGUUAGAACAUCAGAAUAACCUUCAAAGUAUCCUGCCGCUUGGUGGUGAGUUGGUUCAAAGCGUUCCAAAGUAUGAAACUCACAUCACUGAACACGUUAAGAAUGAAGGACAAUCGAAACCAAACUUUGUUUCGACUCAGAACACACAAUUCGCCCAUGGACCUGCUUACAAAAUUCUCCCGUCUCAGGAACUGAUCAGUCACUCGGUCGCUCCUCAAGUGGAAAGCAAUUCACAAAGGAACUUUGUCCAGCAAGUUACCCAUCAGCCGCUACCGACUCCUCAGCAGUACGUGAGUAAUGCUGCCCCGCUAAUAAUUCCUAACUCAGAACCUCUGAACAACAACCUACGGAUAUCCAACCAAGUUUCGCAUUUCAUCAACGUUUCCCCACGAAGCAACUUCCAGCAGCAAACACAACAACCAAGGCCUCAACAACCUCAACAAAACCAACAACAUCAUCAUCAACAGCAACAUCAAGCACAGCAAUCACAGCAACAGCAGCAGCAACAACAACAGUCCUCCUUCGUCUGGAACGGUGGUCCAACUCGUUCCACUCCGAACGCCUACUCGCCGACAUUCCAAACCACGCCCAGAACUCAGCAACCACAGUUCCAACAACGAGAAAUCGUUCACCCGCAAACUCUACCACCAUUCGGAGCCCGCACAACGUCCACCUACUCAAAGACACCAAUUCAACCGACUACCGUUCGAACAACAUCCACCCAACGACCUUCCUCUUCAACGGAGGCACCAGUCAGUUCCGAAAAGAAGCAAAAGGCUCUGCUAGAUCUACCCGACGAAGUCCCGGAUGACAUUCGCCAACAUCUGCUUUCUUCGGGAAUUCUAGAAAAUGCAGACAUCAGCGUGCUGGAUUACGACAAACUCGGAGAAACGGCACUGGAGAACCUGCCCCCAGAACAUCUCGCUAACUUCUUCAGCUCCGGUGGAUCCUCUCAACUGGCCAGCUCAAGCAACGUCGUUUCCGUUGUGAAACCCAACGGUGACAAGGUAGCAGAGAAAUUUAUCUCCAAAAACUACGACGUUAAGGACAAACGAGUGAAGUACGUUCUAGACGGUCAGCCGGAAAAUGACCAACAGAGCGAUGAGGACCAGCCUACACUGGUCACCAUGCCGGAGAAACAAAAUGUCGAUUUGAAAGUGGUACGAUUCGAUUCAUCCAGCCAGAAGAAUGUUACCGACAAGUACAUCAAACAGGAUUCCACCGUGCUGCCUUCGGUGGAUGUGGCCAACGAAUCCGGACCGGCCUACAACCGGUAUCUGCCGCUGAAGAUCAACGGAGCGCAGUUUCCGAUUCCCGAUGUGCCCGAACUGCGGGGUAGACGGAUUUCCAGCGUGGUCGUUUUGGCUCCGGUGGAAAACAUGAUGCCGAACAAUAGAUUUGUGAUCAAUGCCGAUUCGGAACAGGAACAACGGGAGGCCGAAGAGCAGUCGCGAUUCGAGCGGGAUGCGUUGUUGGAUUCGCAGAAAAUCAAGUUCAUUGCUGACGAAGCGUUGAAACAGCUGAUAAAGAAACCGUCGACGGAAAAUUUUAAGCGAUGGUUGGAGCGGGAAGGCAAAACCGAUGUCGAUCUCCAGAGUGUUGUCCUACUGGUUACUAAAAACGAGAGCGACGACCAGGAGAUCUUCAUGUAUGACAUCGCGACCAAGGGCGUGACUCACCUGAACGGUGAACUGUCGCUGGCCUUCGUCAAGGUGGCCGAGGAAAAUGCCAACACGCACAACCUGGACGAGAUGCCCAUCGUCGACAGCGGAAUCGUGGAGCAGAUGGAAACGGUGGAAAGUUCACGCCAAACCGACGAUGACAGCAAGGAAGAGGAUUCAUACAGUGCGCAGGAGGAGGACUUUUCGCUGGAAAACGAAGACGGACAGGCUGAACAGUCGGAACACUUAGAGACGGUCGUCAAGUUUGAUCCGAAACCGAUGUACGUGUACCCGAUCAACAGCAAGUACCGAAGCGUGCAGAUUAAUUCCGGCUAUAGUAGUAUCAAGAAUUAGACAAACACCAGGCGCAUGUGUGUAGAACUGAGAGUGACCGAGAGUGAGAGAUCGCCAAAUUGAUCAAGUCUUCUACAUAGUUCAAAUUUCUUCUAAUGGUAGAAUGUGUGCGCAGGACGCUGGACGCGAUCCGAAGAUUGCUUGAACCUCUAUAGUAUUUCUUUCAAAACGAUUUCGACAAACGUACCAUAAACCGAUUUCGCUCAGCGAAAAUGUCUACAGUUUAGAAUGCAACACAGGACACUUUUCAGAUAGAUUAUUACUUAGUAUAGCAAAUGUAGGCAUUUCUGUAAAUAUUGAAAGUUUCACUUCCCAUAGCAAACACAGCGUGUUUCGAUGGACGAACCAUAAAGGGUUUAAGUGUUGUCCGAAAAAAAUAAAGACGAACAAAAAGAGCCACUCUACCCACUAGUUCAUAAGCAAUUAGGUUUUUAGCAUGUCCGAAAGGAGCGAAUCAAGAGUUUUGAACUCAAGCUUAGAUAGAGACGCAAGUGACCACUAAAGUCAGUAGAUUGUAGUUCGAAGCCGUAACGCAAUGCGCAGUUACAGUAUUUUCUUAACCUUGUAAUAGUCGAAUAAAGCGAAUCCAAUCUUUUGGCGAUUAAUUGAAACUUUUUCCAUGGAAGCAAUUUCCAGUGAAUUGCUUCUUAGUGGAAAUACUACUCAAAUAUGCUAGGAAUUAUUUAAAUAAAUUAAAUUAUGUGUUGUAAAAAUGCUGUUAUGCUAGUUCAGCUGAACGCAUGCUCUAUUUCGGAAAUGUUGUAAAUGAUUGAUUAUUUCUAGAAUAGGUAAAACGUUUACGUAACAACAAUAUGACAUUAGUAACUCCGAGUAAAUCUAGUUUUCUUUCGUUUC